AGGUGCGGCAGCAACGAUGUUCCAUUCCCGACUAGUCCGAUCCAAAAUGGAUCUCCAGUUGGUCAGAUGCCCCGCGCGUAGCUCCACGCUCCUCCUCGUCCACGUGACCCUCCCAGGCCCAGCCAGCACGCUCAUUCAUAAGGCUUCUCCGGCUCUUUCCAUUCCUUCUCUCUCCGCUACGCCCUCCGAUUCUCUCAAUAGAAGCAGCCGUUGAUCCUCUGCGCGCAUCGGCUUCCUCUGCCGCUUCUCCGUCGCCACCUUCUUCUUCAGGCUCUGCAAUAUUGAUCGGCGGUCUCAUUCGUUGCAGCGAUUAUUUUCCGCUCCAUCUGUGUGACAUAGAUGGCUUCACCAGCUUUGAUCAGCGAAACUGGUCCAUGGAAGGACUUGAAGGAUCAUGUUGAGGACAUCAAGAAGACUCAUCUCCGUGAAUUGAUGGCUGACAUGGGUCGGUGCCAGUCCAUGACAGUUGAGUUUGAUGACAUGUUGUUGGACUACUCAAGGCAACGCGCCACUCUUGACACAAUCGAUAAGCUUUUCAAGUUGGCAGAGGCAGCAUGUCUCAAACAGAAGAUCAGUCGCAUGUUCAAUGGAGAUAAGAUAAAUAGUACAGAGAAUAGAUCAGUGCUGCAUGUAGCUCUCCGAGCCCCAAGGGAUGCAGUUAUAUGCAGUGAUCGGAAAAAUGUAGUUCCAGAUGUUUGGGGUGUACUUGACCAGAUCAAAGAAUUCUCAGAGAGGGUCCGCAAUGGUUCUUGGGUUGGAGCCACAGGAAAACAACUUAAAAAUGUAAUUGCUAUUGGUAUUGGUGGAAGCUUUCUUGGCCCUUUAUUUGUGCAUACAGCUUUUCAAACAGAUGCUGAGGCUGGUGAAUAUGCUAAAGGACGCCAGUUACGUUUUCUUGCUAAUGUGGACCCUAUUGACGUUGCAAAGAACAUUACAGGGUUAGACCCAGAGACUACCCUCGUCGUGGUGGUUUCAAAGACCUUUACAACAGCGGAAACUAUGCUAAAUGCCCGGACUCUGAGGGAGUGGAUUAUUGCCGCUCUUGGGCCUUCUGCUGUUGCAAAGCACAUGGUGGCUGUUAGUACAAAUCUCCCGCUUGUUGAAAAGUUCGGGAUUGAUCCUAAUAAUGCUUUUGCAUUUUGGGACUGGGUUGGUGGCCGAUAUAGCGUUUGCAGUGCUGUUGGUGUGCUGCCGCUGUCUCUUCAAUAUGGUUUCGAGGUUGUUGAAAAGUUCUUAAAGGGAGCUCAAAGCAUUGAUCAGCACUUUUACACCGCACCUUUUGAGAAAAAUAUACCUGUGCUGUUGGGGUUGUUGAGUGUUUGGAAUGUAUCAUUUCUUGGAUAUCCUGCAAGAGCCAUAUUACCUUACUCCCAAGCACUUGAGAAGUUCGCCCCACACAUUCAGCAGGUCAGCAUGGAGAGUAAUGGCAAGGGGGUAUCUAUAGAUGGAUUACCUCUUCCAUUUGAGACUGGUGAAAUUGACUUUGGUGAGCCUGGAACAAAUGGGCAGCACAGCUUUUACCAACUGAUUCACCAGGGCCGUGCUAUACCUUGUGAUUUCAUUGGGGUCAUAAGGAGCCAGCAACCAGUUUACCUCAAAGGCGAAAUGGUCAAUAAUCAUGACGAGCUCAUGUCCAACUUCUUUGCCCAACCUGAUGCUUUAGCAUAUGGAAAGACACCAGAACAGCUUCAAAAGGAAAGCGUGCCUGAGCAUCUCGUUCCUCACAAGACUUUCACUGGCAACAGACCAUCUCUUAGCCUUCUACUUCCAUCAUUGAAUGCAUACAAUAUUGGACAGCUAUUGGCUAUAUAUGAGCACAGAGUUGCCGUGCAAGGAUUCAUCUGGGGCAUUAAUUCUUUCGAUCAGUGGGGAGUGGAGCUGGGAAAGUCUUUGGCAACUCAAGUCCGAAAGCAACUCCAUGCAUCACGUUUUAAAGGAGAAUCUGUCGAGGGCUUCAACUUCAGUACUACAACAAUGCUCACGAAAUACCUCAAGGCAACUUCGGAUAUCCCUGUAGAUCCUCCUACUUUGCUGCCAAGGAUAUAAAGUGCAGAUUGUUCGGGGGAAAGUUUUGGUUGCUCGAGUUUCACGGUACGCCGCUUCCCAUACUUACAUCAACACCGGGGAACUUCGACUCCAAUGGCAAUUGCUAUGCUUCCUUAUUUUUCUCCAUCUUUGACGUGGAAGUAGCCAAUGGGGUGUCUGAACCCUUUUGUAAUAAUAAAUAAACAAAUUAAUUAUCCCCCGUUUGCUAACGGAUUCGGGACUUGUAAUUCUUGUGAGGAAUUUCUUUUUCCUUUUUAAUUUGAUGCUGAGUAAUUUCAGACAAACGAAGAUAAAUAUAUGAGUAUAUAUAUAUAUAUAUAUAGGUGAAUGCUCGUUGCGCGGACA